AUGGAGAGGGAAUACAUACGAGGACUGACUGAGAUGGUGGUAGAGAGAACCAAGAGACACGAUACAGCGAUGGCUGACUUAUUGGAGGAAAAUAGGCGACUUGAGAGACUAAUAGCACAAAAAGAGGAUGCGUUGCUAUUGGAAAAAGAGAAGGCAGAAAAAGUGGCUGAGAAGAGGAUUGAACCUGCAGAGAAUGAGACUGAGAAGAUGAUGAAAUUGCACCUGAAAAUAAAAGAGUUGGAGGAUGAAAACAGGCGAUUGACGAAGACCAAAAUGGCAGAUGAGUUGAAAUUGUACAGGGCGAUGGUGAAAGAGAAGGAUGAGAGAAUACGAAAGCAGGAGAUGGAGAUACAGAGGCAGAAGAAUGAGAUGGAGGAGUAUAGGAAUAAAAGUGUUGAAAUGAGGGAUGUGGAGAAGGAGUUGAAGGGAGAUGUGAUGUACGAGAAGUCAUUUCUGAUGCAUCAAACAAGACUAUCACCAGAAAGAAGCAUCAGAAACAAUAAGGGAAAUAUGAUCAAUAUUGAUGGACUAUUCAAUGUGAAAAUGGCAAAGCAGAAGAGACUGGGAAAGGCAAAGACAUCGAUAAAAACAGUCAAAGAAAACAACAAGAAUGUUGAGAGCAAAAAAGUAGAGAGUAUCCUGAAGAAAGAGAACAAAAGCUACUUCAAGGACCUUUCUUUUGGAAACAGUAGCCCGAUAUUCGAUAGAAAAUACAUGAAGGGAUUUAAAUAG